GGCACCAGUAAUCCAUUUUAUUCAGUUAAGCCUAAUUAUUCAUACCGUGGGCAAGUGAAUUAAACUUUGUUGAAUAUCCUUUGGUGUCAGAUGUGAUAGAGAUAUUCAUGAAAAUUAUUCAGCAUUUGAAAAUGAUGCAUUACCCAAUUUUGAGAAAAUAUUAUCUUUUGCAUUCUUCAACAGGGUCCUGGUAUAGCAUAAUGUAGAUAGUGCAUUCUUAUCAAGUAUACAUUAAACACAUUGGCUUUAUUGAUAAAGGGUAUUAUUUACUAAUAUUGCAACAUAACUUCUAUUUUGUUGUCAUUUGCAUCGAAAAGUUAACCUAAAUUAUAACUCACUCAAAACUUGAUUAAUUUGGGUUUACUGGAUCUGCAAUUAAUUUGUGAUUAGGCCACAUCCAAGCAUCUUGAUCGCACAGGUAGUGUAGAUACAAAAUUCUAAGACAUUUUUUGGGGCAAUUGAAAAUCUUGAGGCAGCGCUCCACCUCCUAACGGUCCAAAGCGACAUGAAAAAGAGAGAUUUGAAGUUUGAGUCCCAGCUGACAGAGAUAGACAAGCGUGAGGAGGGAAAGAUAGCGCAGAGGAAUGGUGCAAAGGGGGCAUCUUGAACAAACUGUUUCUCAAGUCACUUUGUGAACUGUAACUGUCAUGAGCAGCUUGGCGAGCCUGUGAGUGACUGUCGUUUACCUGAGGGACAAGAGGAUAUUAAGGCAAAGAAGAUUCAAAACAAAACAAAACAAAAAACCUGACUACUGCUGAUUAUUGUCUGGCUUUGUAUCCAAGUGCUUCAUGGCUGCCACCGAGGCUGUGCUCCCUUCCUUCAGCUCCUUCUCAAACCUCUCUGACAUUAAAGAGUGGAAGUCUGAGGACGGGUCGCCACCGCUGGGCCCCGAGCAGCUCCAUCUUUCCCAGGAAAUGAGCGGGGAGCUUCUGGACGACGAGAGCCAGGCUUCCUGGGACAUCGAGCUGCUGCUGUCCGAGUGGAGCAGCCCCUCGCCGAACCUCAGCCCUUCCCUGGACCGUAGUGAUGACAGGAUCCAACAACAGCUGAACCAAGACCGAGUGUAUCAUGAUUCAGGCAUGCUUAAGGACCAAACGGGUCAGGAACAGAUGGACGUUAGUCUCAUGGCCGGGUUUAUGUCCCCGACAGCAUCGUUCCAGCCAAAUGUGUAUCACCAAGGUUACAAUAAUGACCCAGCCGGUCGAAUGUCAGCUACCAAUCAUGUAGACCAGUUUGGGUUCUCCCAGGAAAGACAAAGCUCAGGGAGCCUAAGUGAGGUCACAUCCUGGGAAUUUAAUCCGUAUUACCCCCCACAGCAUCCUUCUUUGGUGGCUUUCCCCGACGGCAGGUUCAUCCCACUCCAAGCUGCGACCUCCGACACUCGACACUACAACUACCCCUCUCACUUCUCCCACAGUGCCAGCCUUUUCUGUGACUACACGCACAGCCAGGCCAGUGGUCGUUUGGGCCUACAGCAACAGAUGGUCAAACCGCAGCUUCCCCCUGGCGGAGUGGAGGGGAAGCGCGGGCGAAAGUCUACCGGGAAAAAGAAGCCUGCCAUCCACAGCUGUGAAUACCCAGGCUGCAGCAAAACCUACACCAAGAGCUCGCACCUUAAAGCUCACCUUCGCACACACACAGGGGAAAAGCCUUACCAUUGCUCAUGGGAAGGCUGCACCUGGAAGUUCGCCCGCUCUGAUGAGCUGACGCGUCACUACCGCAAGCACACGGGCCAAAAACCCUAUGAAUGUGCGCUCUGUAAGAGGGCCUUCUCCCGCUCUGACCACCUAGCUCUGCACAUGAAGAGACACACCUGAUGCUCAGGAUGAUGUCCAGUCACACACUGAGUGGCCAUUUCAUUUGGUACAUAUCUCAAUUGAAAUCCAAUACAGGCGCUUUAUCAACAAUUCUGCCUAUGCAAAGAUAAUAUGGCUAAAUUUUAAAUAAUACUGUCAAUGCUCUGCAGUUUAAACUAUUAAUUUAAGGGAAUUCUAAACCUUUUUUUGUGAGGGUGAACAAUUUACACUUACCCAAAAGGUUUAUAAUUACCUGUACUAACAGUUCAUCCUGUAAAUAUACAACAAACUAUGUUCCCAAAAUAAUUGAAUAUCCUUUCAAGCUAAUUUUACAUUAACCUUAAAAACGAGACUUACAGUGGGUACGGAAAGUUUUCAGACCCCCUUAAAUUUUUCCGUCUUUGUUAUAUUGCAGCCAUCUGUUAAAAUCAUUUAAGUGAUUUUUUUUCCUCAUUAAUGUACACAGCACCCCAUAUUGACAGAAAAAAAAUUGUAUUGAAUUUUUUGCAGAUUUAUUAAAAAAGAAAAACUGAAAUAUCACACAGCCAUAAGUAUUCAGACCCUUUGCUGUGACACUAUAUUUAACUCCGGUGCUGUCCAUUUCUUCUGAUCUUCCUUGAGAUAGUUCUAUACCUUCAUUGGAGUCCAGCUGUGUUUGAUUAUACUGUUUGGACUUGAUUAGGAAAGCCACACACCUGUCUAUAUAAGACCCUACAGCUCACAGUCCAUGUCAGAGCAAAUGAGAAUCAUGAGGUCAAAGGAACUGCCUGAAGAACUCAGAGACAGAAUUGUGUCAAGGCUCAGAUCUGGCCAAGGUUACAAAAAACAUUCUGCUGCACUUAAGGUUCCUAAGAGCACAGUGGCCUCCAUAAUCCUGAAAUGGAAGACGUUUGGGAUGAUCAGAACCCUUCCUAGAGCUGGCCGUCCGGCCAAACUGAGCAAUUGGGGGAGAAGAGCCUUGGUGAGAGAGCUAAAGAAGAACCCAAAGAUCAUUGUGGCUGACCUCCAAAGAUGCAGUCGGGAGAUGUGAGAAAGUUCUAGAAAAUGGCUGUCCACCAACCUUCACCAUCCAACCUGACAGAACUGGAGAGGAUCUGCAAGGAGGAAUGGCAGAUGAUCCUCAAAUCCAGGUGUGAAAAAGGUGUUUCAUCAUUCCCAAAAAGACUCAUGGGUGUAAUAGCUUAAAAGGGUGCUUCUACUAAAUACUGAGCAAAGGGUCUGAAUACUUAUGGCUGUGUGAUAUUUCAGUUUUUCUUUUAUAAUAAAUCUGCAAAAAUUUCCACAAUUCCGUUUUUUUUCUGUCAAUAUCGGGUGCUGUGUGUACAUUAAUGAGGAAAGAAAUUAACUUAAAUUAUUUUAAAAAAUGGCUGAAAUAUAACAAAGAGUGAAAAAUGUAAGGGGGUCUGAGUAUGCCCGCAAAGUCUACACGUACAUGCGACAAUAAUUCUCCCAAUUUUUUUCCCCCUCCAAGGCAGAUGUUUUAUGACGUUGCCACAAGAUGGCGCCAAAGCACAAUGUUUCCAUUAUACAUGGCUUGACGCCAACUUUAUCAGCGAAUAACCGAUGUUCUACAAAAAUCAAACUGUAUUGCAUCAUACUGGGAAGCAUUUCUGCGACAGUAUUACCUUAUUUAGCUACAUGAACCAGGCAAUAUAUUCCAAACAUCUCCCAGUAUGUUGCAGUGUAGUUCAACCCCACUGUAAUUUUGCCACAAUAAUAAAAAUAAAACAUUUGAUAAAUGAAUACCUCCCUGACAGUGUCGCUUUAAACUGAGCGUUGUUAAUAUCUUGGGAAGGACAUAAUUCUUUCAGAUAUGUACAGAUAUGUGUGGCUAAUGUGCUGUCCAGUAAGUGUGAGCUUUUUGUUUCUUCAAAGGGUAGUUUCCAUUUGAUGUUGCUGAAUGUCAUUGUCUUUGAUUAAAAUGGCUGGUUGACAAGACAAUGACUCUUGCAAUGCCGUCUAUUGCAAAGUGGCUUAAAAUUGUGUUGUUGCUAGAAUAAUAUUUCCGCUUUGAUAAUGUUAUUUUCAGAUUUUUGUAGCCUGUACAUUUCCUGUGAUAAAUAGCAGAAGUAAUUUAUUAUUGAAGAUGGGAGAAUGUUAUUAUUUUUUUUUUAUUCAAAUAUUCAUGGCUAACUGCAGAGCCUCGUAUUGAAGCUGCAAUCUGUUUAUGAUUCUAAAACUAACUAUUCACAUUUGUGACCAAAGCCAGAAACUGACAAAUUUUUAAUAUCAUGUGAAAAAUGAGCUAAGCUCAUAGAUGGCCCAGUAGGCAACCCAACAUGAGCAAACACUGUACACAUACGGUGCAUGUAGACAGUAAACUUGAACACUAACACAAGAUCUACUGAAAGGUGUGUAGGUUUUAAGAUUAGGCACUCACGAAGUCUUGACCACAGUUGAGAUGAUAUCUUUGUUCUAUUUCGCUCAAUUCCUUCCAUUUUUUCCUUCCACUGCAGUUGUUGAGAUUGUAAUUAUUUGAUUAACAAUUUAACUUGGGGGUGUGUAGUAGUGUGUUUGUCUGGAAGGAUCUUGACUGAAGGGGGAAAAAAAUGCACGGUGUCUGUGUAUCUUUUGUCAAGUGACCUACAUAUUUAUUGACAUUUUAUAUGCUAGAUAUUACUUUUCUUAUUGCUUUUUUACAUUUACAUGUGCUUUAAAAGUCUUGAUUAUUGCUUUCAUUGUCAUAGUCUAAUAAAGAUCACUUUUACCUUUAAUACCACUA